GUGGUCGUGUAAAAACUCUAAGAGCCUUUUUUUGCAGUCCCCAAUAGACACUGCGCAGCGUCGUUCUAGUGUCUUCCGCUCCUGGUCCUGCAGUGAAGAAGAUUGCCACGUUCUUCUAAUGAUCACUGAACCAGAAGGAACUUGAGCUUCCGCGUAGGCCGCUGACGCGCUCUGUCGGUAGUUGAUGUACUAAGGAAAAAACAUCAUAUGUGCAAUUGAUAUGGUGGUGUUGCUCAUGGUCAUGAGCCUGUCCUCCUCCUGUAGCUGGUGCGCGCUCGAGAACGGGGGCUGUCGUGGCCACUGUCGCUAGUCGGGGGCCGUCGUGGCCACUGUAGCUAGUACAAGUCCGCCAGUCGUGCCGCAUAAUUAGCGCGACCUGCUGCGUCGAGAAUGGUUCAGUCGCUGCUGUUGAAGCAACCUGACAGCUGCACGAAGCGCCCCCGCACGACCUUCCCCUACUUGUACUUUCUGGCCGCCAUCAUCAUUGCCACGGGAUGCUGGGCGACGUGGACUACAACGACAAGUAGCACUACCUCUACUAGUUCUACUAGUGGCAGUAGGUCCAUUUAUUCUUGCACCUCGUCCCCGCCCACGACUCUGAUUAUAGUACCCGGCGCUCUUGGCCUGAAAAUAAGGAGGAAGAGCGGGCGGCAUGAAGUAGCGGAGGAGGAGGACUCUGUCACGACAACAACAGCUACAAAGGAGGCGGCAGUAGAAGAAGCAUCAGAUGAUACGGUCGCUGACGACGCAGAAGAAGAAGAAGAAGAUGACCCAGAUGCGGCGGCCGACGUGGCUGUGGCACAAGCAGAGGCGGACGAGGAAAUAAAAGCGGAAGCGGAAGCUGAGGCAGCCGUCUCAAAAGGCGACGACUCGGAGCCAGCCGCUGAUCUCGAGGGCCCCGCCGAACUCGCAAACGCAACUGCCGCCAUGGCAGCGGAGGCCAAGGCAGCUGAGGAGGCUGCGAGACUAGCUCGCGCGAAGCGGACUCGCCCGACCGCGGAAACGUGCAGCUGCGUGAAUGUAUAAAAUGCAAAAGUGUCUGGGUCUGGAAGAAUGCCAGACUUUUCAUGCAGGUUUUUCAUGACCCAUGAGGUCUGGUAUGUAGGACAUAGCAUGAUGACAGAUUCUGUGAGAGUUCUACCAUGCCUAUCCUGCGUGAGAAGCUGCUUCUCGAUUAGGUCAAAAGUGGACAACUUUUGGCAAUCAUGCAACACAGGACUUUACAUGCUUCAGAUUUAGCAUGACAAGUUGCUUUGUUCCAAAGAACCCAGACACUUUUGCAUUUGAUAGAAUGAGGGCAGUGACAAGUUUACCGCGCCGGCCAAAGAUUCGGGCAACCAAGGGUGGCUGAACCUGAGCCCAAGCGCGACGGACGGAACCUACCAGGAUACCGAGUAUGGGACCAAGUACGUCAACUCCUACGACGGGCUCCCGGACUACGGCGAGUAUUGCUUGGAGUGGGAAAGCGAAUGCCCCGGCAAGAUGGGAAAAGUGGGCGACCGAGCGCAACAGUGCAGCAUUUCUGAUAUCCUGUGCAAAUGUGUCUGGGUCUGGAAGAGUCGGGGCUUGUCAACAUGCACAUUUUGCAUGACCCGCGAGGCAGGUCUGUGAUGCUGGUGCUAGCGUCACAGUUUUUUUGUGAGCUUUUUGAUGCUAAUUACGCAUGGGAAAUGCCCUCUCCGCGUGCCAAGAGCUGACUCCUCUUACUGUUCAUGCAACACAGAUAUUUUUAGAAUCCACAGACAGCAUUACAAGUUCCACUCUUCCAGACCCAGACAUAUUUACAAUGCAUAUCUGACCCCAUUGUCCAAUGUGGUGUGGACACCGACUUACCCAAAACCUGCAUCCGAAAGUAUGGCGUUCUCAACCGUUACAUUCUCAUCUGUUACGUGAGUUUGUGAUGCAAGAAUGGCAACAGUCAGAGGGGCAAGCUUGCUGCCCUUCGCAUCACAGAUUUGGCACAGAUUUAGAUGCUGUUUAGCCUCUCGGAGAUUUGUCAUGCGAAGCAGCUUGAUCAUCUGGCGGCUUAAGGUAGUCUUGCGCGACAAAUUCGUGUAACAGUUGAGAAUGUAACGCUUGAGAACUCCAUAGAAAGUGGUGCUACAUCCGAACGCCGAGCGACACCAAUGGCAACAUUGCGCGCGCAACGAACACGAGCGACAGUCUGUACCCGAACUGCACAAACGCGGACGAUGUCAUGAUGGUAACCGAUAUCAAAUGCAAAAGUGUCUGGGUUUGGAAGGUCGGAACUUGUGAUGCUAACUUUGGACUCUAAAAAAAUCUGCAUUGCAUGACCAGCCAGAUGAGGAGGUCUAGUCUGCGCGGGGAGGGCGUUUGUCAUGCGGAGUAGGCAUCAGGAAGCCUUCUAAAAAUCUGUGAUGCUAGGUCGUGCAUUACAGACAUCCUGGGUCAUGCAUAACAUGCAUGACAAGUCUCAGAAUCUUCCAGACCACCCAGACAUUUUUGCACUUGAUAACCGAGAACGGAGAGGACCUGUACUACUCGUACAACUAUUGCUACGUUACGUGAAGAUCCCAGCAUGUAGUUCUAGUAGCGUCAUGCAGCGGCGUAUGAUAGUAGUGCACAACUCCCCCUCCCGCCCCUCAUUUGUCAUGCAAAAAGACCCCAAUAAAUCCAGUUGCUGCCUUGUGUCAUUGCGUGCAUUUUUAUUUUACAAAUUCCGGAAUCCCAAAUAGUACGACACUCGGCGCAUGAACUUGUCAUGCACAGGGUCCACCUGUACAACUGUUGUUAUUCUUAUUUGUAUUGCUGUUUGUGUUUAUGCCAUACAAAUCAGGGGGAGGGAGAGUUGUGCACUCUCAUGCAGCGGCUUCACUUUCAUCUUCGCUGUGGCAACAUCGAGGACGAUCGUCGAUGUUGUUGCUGUGUUUUACAUACAAAAUUUUCCGGAAUGUGUACUAGCUCCGAGAUUUUUCGUUUCGAAUCUAUCUACUUCCGUGCUAGAAUAUUGAUAUUCUCGUCUAAUUUUGCACGGAAGACAAAAGCUGUGCGGCAAAAAACUUGUAUCAUUUGCCCGCUGACGUUCAAGCUGUAGUACUAUGAUUAUGUUUAUCUUUAAUAUACACGACUAGCAGUGUGGUAUCAUUUGUGCGGGUAUUUUCUUGCGUUUUUUUUAAAAAAAGCAACACCAAGACGAUGAAGUAAAGCUACUUGCCAAGCAAGAUUUCCUCUCUCUCGUACCGCCAGAAGCUGUUGCAGGAGAGCAUCGACUAAUAUCUGCUCAAACUCAUCCCUGACAUCAAUGAUACAGUUGGCAACAAAGUACUAUCGGGGAAGAUGAAUUCAAGAAAUACUUACAUCAGCCGAGACCUAUUUAUUUAGUACAUAUAAAUGAGUUUGUCUUUGUGCUGCCUUUGCUUUAAUAUUACCGAAGCGCUUGUUCUAAACCCCCGAUCGUGGUCGUGCUCUCGGGAAGUCGCAUAGA